CAGGCUUACACUGGGUGUGUGAGUAACCCCUGUGCUUUCUUGGUAACUGAGACGAUGAAGAGGCUUGCCUUGUACCAGCCAGCGUGCUGGAGUGUCUCUUACUUGUAUCUUGACAGCGGCACUUGGUUUUAGUGAACAAGUUGUUUGAAGUUGCAGGAUCACUGCGAACACAGUUUUCAGCUGAGGUGGAAGGAGCAGUGUAUUCACGUCUUAAUCUUAAGGAGCAGUUUGUUCGUUUGGGGUUCUCCGUUAUUAGCAGUUUUAGUUCUUCCUGUCUGUGAAAUGAACGAUUUAUAGUCCGCGGUGAACAGCACGGUACCAGACGGGGACUGGUGAGAGGGAGGGCGAGGAGCUACUGAGCAAAACAAAUUCAUUGUCGAGUGAAUCAGCUGUUAAUGCCUCUGUCUUUUGUGGUUGCGUGGGUGUGAUUAGGUCCUUGUUACAGUAUCAGGCCCUUGAUAUGAACCUUUCAAUUAUUUUUCUUUUUUCUUUUUUUUUUUUGUUGUCUUUUUUUUUUUUAUAAUGUCUUUUAAACAGGUUAUUCUUAAAAGAAAGUUUCUGCUUUUAUGGUGUCUCCAAGCUCACCUAUUGAUGUUUCCUUUGUAACUUCCUGGUAAAACAGCUUCUGUGAGUAUCAGUUUGAUUACCACACCAUCUGAAUCCAGAGAUCACUUUUACUAAAAUGUGGACUGCCAGAAAACUUUGUAAUGCUCAAAUACUAUUGCUCCAAAUGAAAGAAGGCCGACUGUGUAGUUGCAUGUUUCCCAAAACUCAGCAGUUCUGGAUUGGAAUUCCAAACUAUUGCACUGUAAGAGUGCCACAUAACAGAGUUAAAUUCCAGGCUUCCAGGGCAGACGAUAAACCAUCAGUAGUUGAUGGAAGGAUGGCUACUAGUGCGGAGGGAACCAAAACAGCUGUUGGAAAAGGUCCUGGUGGAGUAUGUGGUGGAAGACAACAUUCCUUACAAGCCCAAAUGAAACCCAUCAACCUGUCCUUUGCAGCUUGUGGCUUUCUGGGCAUUUACCACUUGGGGGCAGCAGCCGCUUUUCACAGGCAUGGUAAGAAGUUACUGAGAGAUGUGAAAGCUUUUGCCGGAGCUUCUGCGGGAUCUCUGGCUGCCGCUGUCUUGUUAGCAGUGCCAGAAAAUAUAGAGAAAUGUAAGCACUUUGCCUAUGGAUUUGCAGAGGAAGUCAGAAGAUUGAACUUUGGUGCUGUGACGCCUGGUUAUGAUUUUAUGAAAACACUUAGGGAGGGCAUAGAGUCUAUUCUUCCUUCUGAUGUUCAUGAGAUAGCUGAGAACCGGCUCUAUGUGUCAGUCACUAACUCAAAGACUGGGGAAAAUCACUUGGUUUCAAAUUUUCCCUCCAGGGAGGACCUCAUUAAGGUCCUGCUAGCAAGUAGUUUUAUACCAGUGUAUGCAGGAACUAAGCCAGUGGAAUUUAAAGGACAGAAGUGGGUUGAUGGUGGCCUUACCAAUGGCCUUCCUAUCUUGCCUGUUGGAAGAACUGUGACAAUUUCCCCUUUCAGUGGUCGAUUAGAUAUCUGUCCAGAAGAUAAAGGGCGUGUGGACCUCUAUGUUAAAUUAGCAAAACAAGAUAUGAUGCUGUCUCUGGCCAACCUAGUAAGACUUAAUCAAGCUUUGUUCCCACCAGACCAGGAGAAAAUGGAAUCGUUGUACCAAAAUGGCUUUGAUGAUGCUGUACGCUUUUUAUUGAAAGAAAAUUGGUUUGAGUAGAGGGCUCAUAGAAAAUUAGCAAAACAUGGUGGCUGUCAAAACACAGCUACAGGCAUCCUAGAGAAUCUCAGGGAUUGCUGCCCCAGUUCCUAUUCAUGAAGACAAACAUCCCAAUGGACUUGCAUCUGCUUCUGCUGAGGAAGUAUCAGUUGCACUCCACGGAGCUGUAUAAACAUGUCAGAACAGGAGCUGGAUGUGCCUGCUGUGGAUGUCUUGUUUUGAGGAGGUUCCACUUCAAUUCAUUUUGCUUCACCUGGGGACUUGAGUGUGGGGUUUGUAAAAAGCUUGUAAAAAGUGUUGUCAUAAUUACAGAAAAGUCUUCUUCAGUGUUAUUUGAGAGGAGAAUUGAUGUUAUAUCAUGAAAAAUUACAAUCUGUAUUAUUAAUUUAACAAAAUUCCGCAUAUUAGUUCUGCAUAUUAAUUGGAUGCUCGCAGUGUUACUGAACUAAAAUAUAACUUGCACUGUUCUAAAGGACUUGAAAAUUAAGUACUAGCCACAAGAAAAUAAAACAUUUGCACUUUUAUGUGUUUUUUCACAUUAAAAGUUUUUUUCAGUGAAUGUUUUCUUUUACAAUUUUAAAUACUACCUGAAAUUUUAAACAGAAAUGUGAUAUAAAAAUAACUUGUAAAGAAGGGUGUAAAAAUUGAUAUAUUUAUUAUGUUUGCUUCC